AUGGAAGUCGAAUUCCUCAGUAAUGUGCGCUACGAUCUCUUCGUUACGCCGACAGAGUUGUCGCAGUGGAAUCAGAAAUUACUUGAAAUUCGGAGAUAUUUAAAUUGGCAGACCUCAGUGCAGCCACCAGCGAGCUCCGAACAAGUGCCAGAUGGAGAGCCACAACUUGGGGAAACCAGUUUGAUUGAUGCAAAGUAUCGCCCAAUUCGAGUGCUGAACACGCUUCUUUACCCUCCUACCAGGCGCUCACUUUGUCAGAAUCGGCAAGUAAGGCAAACACAGCAUACGCAGCCUCAAUCUAAGUCUAUUGCUAUGACUUGGCGGCUUCUUGCCAUGGUGCCAACUCAGUCAAGUGGCCCUGAAUCAAAUCCAGGAUCUAGAUGA